AGCAACGCACGACCGCAGCUCCACUGCUCAAGACCCCUGUGUCCUCUUUCAUUACGCCGAGACGUAACGUGUUUACGUCAUUCAGGGGGCUUUGCGUGAAGGGCGUGGUGAUGUGGGUCUGCGUGCGGUCUGCGGUCCACCGCCAAAUUCAAACAGUCGAAGAAAGAAACAACAGCAGCAGACUGAAGGCUGAAGCAGACGGUUCUCACAACUGCUACUUUGAGGAAAGCUCAGUCAGCAUGGCGUCUUCAAUGAUGGAUGGAGUGGGUAAAGCUGUGGUGGGAGUGUGGCGGGCACAUACAGUCCUUGAUGAGUCUGAUGAUGCAGAGAGCUCCCCAGAAGCCCCUGACCGUUUCCGCAAGCUUCGCUCUUCGUCUUCAAUUAACUCUCUGCGCAUGUCUCUGCGCAAGCGGCUUCCGCUGCGUUCUGUCCAGACCAAUUCUCUUCCAGAAAAUCCAACUUGGGAAACCCAGAAGGAGCAGCCAAAGCCCAACACAGUCCGCAAACUUACUCGCAGUGCUCGGAACUCCAUCACUGGAGUUUAUCAGAGGCUGCAGAGGACCAGAGAGUUUGCACGUGAGGAGUGUUUGGUAGUGACCCCGGGUCGGCCAUGUGAUGGGGAAGAAGCUGGUGCAUCAACUUCUCGCACCCCAAGACGUACGCCUGGUCGAGCCGCAACACCCAGACACGCCCCCGGAUCAGCGGCUACACCGGGACGUACCCCAGGCUCUAGAGGAAGAAGGACUCCUGAGGCUGGCGUACGAGGGGUGAAAACAGGAGGAGGCAGGAGGCAGCUGGUCCGGAUGGCUGCGUUACGAAGUCCAUUUGCCUCCCCCAACACACAGAACCAGAGGAUAAAGUUUGACCGAGAUUUGGAGUCGGUGUCCAGUGGGAUCAGGAGGCUAAAACAUUUGUCCAGGGCGUUUGACGACAUAAUUGGCAGAGACAAAGGGACCAGUACAAGGGAACGUUCUGGAGGAGCGAUAAUGAGAAAGUUGGACCCCAGCAGUAAACUCAGUCGCUCAAACCUCAGAUGUCGCGCCACGAACCUCUCAAACACACUGGGAGGUUGGGCCCACACGGCUGUGAACACUAUUCGCAAACCCAACUGAACUACAAGCAUGUUUGUAUGUAAAACACAGGACCUUUUUGUAGCCAUUUUUCCCGUUUAUCAUUGUUAUUACUGUUAAUUGACAUGAUGAUACUGGGAGACUGUUACAUGGCAGCUUGUGUUCUUUUUUUUUUUUAUCUAUGUUGUGUGUAGUUGGCAACAUUCAAGUAAUUGUGUGUUUACAUGUCUCAGGUUAGCUGGUUGUGGGUAAAAUAUCCUCAUUGUAGCUACGAAAGGGAUUUCUGUAUUGUGGUGUAUGUACCUGUCGUCAUAGCUGCUACAACCAAAUGUCUAAGUUACAUUUUCAAGAUACUAAUAUCGUAGUUUGUAUUGUCACUCUCUGCAUUGAAACCUUUUGCUAGUUUCUAAAAUGUACGCACAAGACCAAAAUUGUAUCUGCAGAACUAACACUAAAUUUUCUGACAAAGGGGAGAUGCAUUUUCCUCAAGUUUCUUUAUUUGUCAUAUGCACAACAAUUACAGCAAGCAGUCAUUGGCAAUUAAAAUCUUGGGUCUCCGGUACCCUUCAACAACGCUCAUUAAAAGUGUAUAUAUAAAAAGGAAAAUCACGACAUAAAACUCUCCUACUUCUACUCCUCUACUUUAAAUGUAUGCAAUAAUGUUACUAACAUUUGUUAUUCCUUUUUUAAAAUGUCAUUUGAUUAUGCCAAAUUGUAAAGUGUAUUUUCUAUCAAAGGGGACGUUUUUAUAUAAAUAGCUUAGGCAUUUUUUUUUUUUCAUAUCUUUCCUUGAGGCUGAGGUUGGCACUUUUAAUGGCCUGUGGAUGAUUCAUGUAUCAAUACUGUACACAUAAAUAAUUUGAAUGGGGGAAGAUGUAAUGACUCAUUACUUGAUGUCAGCGAUGAUGAUGAUGAUGAUGUUAUAGAGCCAUAUCCUGCAGGUUAUUAGUGUUGGGACUUUAGAACAAACAACCUUAAACGAAGCAAAACACUUCCUCUCUCUGCCAUUUAUAUACAUUGGUACCAUUUUCUGCAGUAAUGAGAGAAAGGGAGAUGUUGUGCCUAAAUGUGGGGAAAAAAAAUUAAACAAUAAAACCUGUAAGCUUCAAUAACCCAAAAGUAUUUUUUUGAUAUUAUUAGUGUACUGCUAGAACUUAAUCCUCUUCACAUCUGAUUCAGUCGUCAAAGGUAAACUUGGCGAAGAUUCAACAUCCACUCAAAAA